UAAUCGAACUGGGAGCGCCGUGGUAGUCGUCGUCAGUUCCGUAAGACGGGGCUAAAUUUCAUCGCUAAAAAUGGUAAUGUAAUUCAAUGAAAAGAACAAAAAAAUAUAUAAUCUAUAUAAAACGUGAAGAUAAAGAUUAUUGAGGGUUGGUUUCUCAUCGCGAUAAAGAGUUCCGAUCGCAAGCACAAUCACGCUGUUUAUUGCUAGAUUAUAGCAACAUCGAUGCGUGAAUGCGUGCAGAAUAGAAUGACUCAAGCAAAGGAGGGUGCCCGUGCGUACGUGCCAGCUCGAUCCGAAAGUGUCUAGAAAACGUUGAGAAGAUUGUUAAAUUGUUUUGUUAGUACAAGUGCCGAGCAAAGUGGAUAUCGACGGUCAACGGGAAAUAUCCGACUUGGCUAUACAUUUGAUUAAAGUCGGCGGACAAACAAGGAAAAUCAUUGUGAAGUGGAGGAACUGCGAAAUGAUGAGCGACUAAAAACGGCCGAUUUUAUUGAGACUCAGCCUGACAAGGCAGGGUGCUGUGUGGUGUCUUUCCUCAAAUCAUAAUGGCGCCCAACUCCAUUUUCGUGGAAUCCUGGCGGACCACGAACGACUGAUGCAGGAGCGAGUAUUUUCGUAAAUAUCUAAAUCCCAAUACCUCUAUAUUGUUCGCUUAAUACCUCGCUAAUUCAAAUAACGGAUCAGCUAUUAUCAGCAAUCUUGUCAAUGCAUGGUCAAAGAGACAAUAUGAAAAGAAUUCGCAAGAGACAUCCACCGAAGAUAAAAAAACAUUCACGAUAGUAAUGAUGUUAGCAUGAGUGUAUUUAGAUAUAUGAUGUUUCUGCCUGAAAGUAUUUGGCGAUCCCUCUCAUCGCCGAACGUCCAAUAAAUAUCGUCUUUUGAAGGAGAAGAAUUUAGGCUGGCGAGAUAACGAUGGAUGUAUGUGACACGUGAUUUAUUAUUGUUCUCGUCUGAUUAGAGUGGAAGGCAACGAUAAUAUUCGCAAAUAAUUUGUGUUUGAGUCAGAAUGUAUAUGAUAUUCGAGAAAAGGUGGAAUACUGACGACAAAUUGACAUUUAACGUAUAUCACAUUGUUUGUUUCUGGAUGUUCGUGUUAGAAUAAAACUAAAAAAAUUUAAAUCAAAGACAAUUUAUUGAGUUGUCUUUAAAGCAUUUCUUAUAUUUCAUCGCAAGUCCAGCCUUAAAAUUAUUCUAUUAACAAAGUGCACAAUGUUGUACAAAAUCGCGGUAAAACACAGUAGACCGAUACGCAAUCUCGUAAAAAAGUGAUAACGACGAACGUGGAGAGCAUAAGAGGAAGAAGAAUUGUGUGGUUCGACCUCAGUGGCUUGUACAAAACAACCAUUCAAUCUGGCGGACCAAGAGGAAGGCGGAGGCUCGGCAGCGAUGCAGGGCAAAGAGAGCCCCAUUGGGUCCAACACCCAGGAGACUCAUCAGUACGUCGGCCCUUAUCGGCUGGAAAAGACCUUGGGGAAAGGACAGACUGGAUUAGUAAAGCUCGGCGUACAUUGUGUGUUGGGUAAAAAGGUGGCAAUCAAGAUUAUCAAUCGUGAAAAGCUUUCGGAGUCUGUGUUGAUGAAAGUGGAGCGCGAAAUCGCAAUCAUGAAACUGAUCGACCAUCCGCACGUGCUCGGCCUCUCGGAUGUAUACGAAAACAAGAAAUAUCUAUAUCUUGUCCUGGAACACGUCUCGGGCGGGGAACUGUUCGAUUACUUGGUGAAGAAGGGUAGACUGACUCCAAAAGAAGCAAGAAGAUUUUUCCGACAAAUAAUUUCCGCAUUAGACUUUUGCCACAGCCAUAGUAUAUGUCAUAGAGAUUUAAAACCUGAAAACUUAUUACUGGAUGAAAAAAAUAAUAUUAAGAUAGCGGAUUUUGGGAUGGCAUCCUUACAACCCGCGGGCUCUAUGCUGGAGACUAGUUGUGGAUCCCCUCAUUACGCCUGUCCCGAAGUCAUUAGAGGUGAGAAGUAUGAUGGUAGAAAAGCAGAUGUAUGGUCCUGUGGGGUAAUACUUUACGCGCUUCUGGUAGGCGCUUUACCUUUCGACGAUGACAAUCUGAGAAAACUACUAGAGAAAGUUAAACGUGGACUGUUUUACAUACCGCAUUUCGUGCCGCCUGAGUGUCAGAAUUUGCUCAGGGGUAUGAUAGAAGUUGAUCCUGAAAAAAGACUAACGUUAGCGGAAAUAAAUAGACAUAUCUGGGUAACGGCGGCGGGUAAGGGUGAAUUGGAAUUGGAGUUGUCGAUGAUGGAUGUAGUGCAAACGCAUGUUAUUCCGUCCGUGGAUGCAAUCGAUCCCGACGUGCUACAAGCGAUCGCGAGUCUUGGUUGUUUCAAAGAGCGCGAUAAACUCAUUCAGGAACUGCUCAGUCCAAACCACAACACAGAAAAGGUGAUAUAUUUUCUGUUGCUGGAGAGAAAGCGAAGAAGACCGGCGUGCGAGGACGAGCUCGAAGUAAUGAGGGGAGGCAUGAGAUCCGCAGGACAAUUAGAAGCUGAUCCACCGAGAAAACGAGUGGAUACAUGUAGAGUGAACGGAAGCACCGCGCUCAAUCUUGGACAAAUCAGUCACGGAUCACCUUUGACGCCUAGAAGACAGUCUAGUACGAGACACCAUGCGCGUCGAUCACCAAGCACAGGCGGGUGCCACAUUCAUAGCUCUCAUUCGCAUACGUCAACGCCGGGUAGCUCACCAUUGCACGCGCCUGCAGGUCUAUUGAGUCCCCACAGAGCGGUACCGAUAUCACAUGUGGGCCAAACGGUUACCAGUAGUCCACACAGAUUGUCCAUCGGCAGCAGUACCACUACUACCGCGGGAAAUGGCAGUCCCACGAGUCAGAGUGUACCGACGCCAGCGUCAGCGUCGGCGCUCACUAGUGUCGGCAUUGAACUUAACGAGAUGCAACCUGUUGCAGUUGGUAUUACACCGCCGGGAUCGCCUCACACAGGAGCAGGAUCUGGAGCUCAUCACUGGAGAUCGAGAUUGACCACGAUCAAGAAUUCUUUUCUAGGCAGUCCCAGAUUUCAUCGUCGUAAAUUGCUCACUAGUACCGAGGAGGUACACCUCACACCUGAUUCCUCUCCGGAACUAACAAAGAAAUCAUGGUUUGGUAGUUUGAUGACUACAGAAAAAGAUGAGACCUUUACCGUCCUGGUUAAGGGAAAACCGCUGGCCAGUGUCAAGGCCGAUCUGAUCCAUGCUUUCUUAUCGAUAGCAGAAUUAUCUCACAGUGUGAGCUCACCGAUGUCGUUCAGAGUGGAAUACAAGAGAGGUAGCACUGCACCUGUCAUGUUUCAAAGACAAGUGCGAUUUCAAGUUGAUAUUAGCGCGAUCUCGAAGCAACCAAACGAGCCUCUCUUCGCUAUCACGUUCACAUUAUUGAGCGGAAACAUUCGAAGAUUCAGGCGAGUGUGUGAGCAUAUUCAGUCCCAAGUGUGUUCGAGAAAUGUAGGCAUAAGCUUGGGAGGACAAAGUAGAGCUGCACCUCCUAGUCCGAGAGCCUCCAGGAAAUUUACUACGGAAAUGAGUGAGAGCUCCAGCUGCGGUAGCGACACCAGCGAACGGCUCUUUCUUAGUCCUCAUCCAGCUACCAGACAGGUAGUCUGUUUUAACAAGAUCGACUCGGAUAUCGAAUCGGACACUUCUGUAUUUGACGUGAAGUCGCCGACUCGCGAAAACGGUAGAAGAAGCUCGACGUCGACAAAUAACAACAAUGCCCUACCGGGCGAUACAACAUCGACGCCAGGCAGCUCGCCGAAAGCAGUGCGAAGUAAUUCGGAAAGCCAAAACACGCCUGAGAAGAAAUGUGUCACCACAAUGAGUGGUAACAACAUAGCGUGAUACUAUCAGAACCUUCGCUUCGAAUUCCGAUCAAGCCUGAAGAACUUGUGGGACAGUGCUCAGAGAUUUUGGUGAGAUUUCCUCUGACGAACGCUUAGAACGUCUUAAUAGGAAAGGCGUAUAAACCACAUUUAUACGUCAUUGCAACAUAGAAGAUUGAGGUCUAACAUUAUAUAUGAAUAUUUCCAUCAGCAGCAUAAACAAGAAGAUCAAGAGGCGACAAUGGGAAUAGUGCAGUCAUUUGUUAUGUGAACGAAAUUCGAAACAUCGAAAUCUUUAGUGCGAAUUCUAAAUUUACUUUCCAUUUUCGGAAUUAAGACAUGCUUGAUUAUGUUCGAGAAAUACAUGCAUGAAAUUUUCUUUGAGCAACUCGAAUCUAAAUCAUAUAUAGAAGUUAAAAUAUAAUAUACUAAAUGUAGAUCUCAUACUGUUCUGUUCAUAAAAUAAAUAACUUUCCGCGAAAGAGAUAUUAUUUCCAAAUCGCCUCCAGAUAAAAUUACCAUGAAUAAAAUCAGUGGUGUAUAUGUUAAUAAAUAAGCCUACACGGUAUGACACACAUGAAGAAUCACACGAAGAAAGGGAUUCAGGAAAUGAAGUGUAAAGUAUAUUAAAGAGAUGUAUUUGUUAUAAGUAGAGAGCGAGACUCUUAACUGCAAUGAUAUGACAUUAUUAUUGUUUUUCUCACAUUAGAUAUUUUUGCAAAAUAGCAUUUUCCUGUACAAUAAUCGCUGAUUUUCGUCUGUUAAAGUUAUAAAUGAUGUUUUUGCAUUAGGCAUGUUUUAUUCGUUAGCUAGAAAAAUUACAAAUGCCGUUGCUCGGAAUACGUUGUUGUUAUUUCGAUAAAUUAUAAAUUAUAUUAUACUGCAGAUUAUAAUUUCUGCUCAUUUAUAUUUUAUUAUUAUAAGUUAUUAUAUAAUUUUUUUGAAUGAUUUUAUAAUUUUGUUAUAUCAAUCUCUCCUCAAAGCAAUUUAGCUAAAUUCAUAUCAAAUGCAUUCUCACAUCCAUUGAAAAAUAUGAACCCGGUACGAUCGAGCGCAAAGACCGCGCGCCGAGAGAUUUUUUCCACGCACGAUGAAAAAAAAA